GUGGUUCCUCGAGUCUGGCUUGCUCGUGUGGCACUAUGCAACGCGCUGGAAUGCGUCCUAACGAAAUUCGAGGUUAGAUACGCUCGGAGCCUUCGCCGUCUCGCGAGGGGUGUUGCUAGAGGCGCGGAUCUUCCGAGUGGAUCUCUUUGGAGUGGGGCUUAAACGGGGGGUCGAAGGGGGUGUUGGCCAAGCGACCUCGGCUCAAAGUGUGUCUCGCUUGGGCGUGCGAGGUGGGAUCGGUGUUUCUGGACUUUAGUGUCUUUCCCAUGUCUGGACGCUGCCGAGGAGAGCUCGUCGAACGAACAAGAUCACGUGCCGUCGAAGAGGAACCAUCGGAUUGGAUUUUCAUCGUUUUUAGUGAUAAAUCUUACGACCGCCUUACCAGAAAAAUGGACAUUUGGUGAUUACUGCGUUUUGCUCGAGAAGUGUCUUGUGAGAUUUCUCCGAGAAGCGUAAAAAAAUAUCUUUCUCCAAGUGUUCCAACCGAUCGUAUCGUAAAUCGUGAGAAGCUCGAAAUUGUGAUUUGUGUUGAAUAAACGCAAGGAGGAGAUGGUGGAAGUUUGAAAAAAAGGAGAGAGAAAAGAGAAAAAAGAAAAGGAAAAAGUAAUUCAACGGCUUGUCAGUGAAGUGCUUCGAUCUAAAGUGUAUACACGAAGCUUUUUCACAGAUUCGAAGUUACGAGAUCGCCCUCGGGGACUUGCAUCAACGGCAACUGAAGAUAGUCGCUGUCAAAACUUACACAACGUAAUAUAUAUAUAUAUAUAAAAAUAUAUAUAUAUUAGAAAUUCCCAAUGAUCUGUAUCGAUCUCUGAAUCGAUGCUAGUAAAAUUUGAGGAAUUUAAACGUUUAAUCAAAAGUCUUGGCUUGAUAAGACGCGAAGAAACAAAAAGGAAAUCAAAUUACAGGAACAAAUUUUCGAAGAAUUUACAUCGAUGUAUCGAACAAACAAAAUCCUUUCGAUAUUAUCUAUCCGAUAUAAUAUAAUAUAUUAACAUAUAUAUAUACAUAGAUAUAUACUUUCUGCAAAGUGAUAUAUCGAUCUAGGCGAAGAACAACGAGCUUAUUGCGUUACGCUACGCAGGCGCCAUUUCCACGGCGAAGUAAAAGAGGAAAGUCCGUAUAACGAGUCUCAGGGAAUAAAAGUACGAGAAAGCGGAAAGAACUCGAGACACGGCUUUAAAUCAAAUAGACCAGAGCGUCAUUCGUAGAUAAUUACGAGGUUCUAAGAUAAUUAUCUUAUGUCCUCUAUAAGAGCGUAGAAAGCAAGACGUCGAUAAAUAUAAUUUUAAUCGAAAGUCAGCGAAAGAAGAUAGAGAAGAAGAUAGAGAAAACAGUGCGAGAGGGAAAAGAAUCGUUUGGUAAUUUCGAUCGUAAAUCAAUAAAACUGUUUCGAUCAAGAAAAGAGGAUCUUAGGCGCCGUAGCGAAAAUACAAUUAAAAUUAAGUCCGACGGAGUAUCAAAGUUUACAUGCCUCGCACCGAUCUUCUGACGUUUAGGUGGCACGAAAGAUCGUCGCCGAUCCGAUUCGUCAUCGAGGUCUAAGUUUUCCGAGGAGGGGAGCGAAAAAGUCGUCACGGUGUGUGGAUUAGGGCGAAUCCUCGGCUACAUCGGCGGACGACCGUCGGUGGGGGCCGCCGCUAUGUCACAGUCCGGAUCAGGAGGCUUAACCGGAUCACAGGGUCAAACUAGUCAAAACGGACAAACGAUGGAAAACCAACAAACAGAUUGCCACCAAAAUGGCCGGGCCGAUCCACCGACGGAUACUACAAAACAAGACCUUUCCAAUGGUUUUGAGAAUCGAACCUUGGAUUACGAGCGAUUUUCUCAAGAGAGAAAUCAACAGGGACAAACAACCGUGCAGAAUCAAGAUCAGCAACAACAACAGCAUCCACAGCCUCAACAGCAACAGCAACAGCAGAUUCAACAGCAAUCACAGCAAGUACAGCAGCAACCGCAGCAGCAAGAUCAACAAACCGGACAAUAUCCGUCUGGAAGAAGACAAUCUGUUGUAGGAGUACCGGAAGAUAGACAUCCUCCGACUGGUCAAUUACCUCCUCAGCAAUACACCGUGGACAAAACAAACGCCGAAAGAAUCCAGCACGUUUCUCAAACCAGCACGCAAACCGUCCCGGUACAAGCUCAACCUCAAUUUGCGCCGGACUAUGAGCAAAGUCAAUAUCCACAAAUACGAGGUCAAUUUGAUGUUAGGUCGCAGAUAUAUCCUCAGCAAGCUCAGUACGCGGAGAGGGCAGGUUACGUGACCAGAGACAUCACGUAUAGAGAUCCGACGCUAUAUGGUCAAAGUACGGUUGCCAAUCCGAUGUUCGCGAGUCAAAGUCAGUAUGUUACCGUCCAACACGGAACACAGAUACCCUCUCAGUCGGCUAGUCCACAGCCGCCGUACUUUGCGAGCGUUGUGGUACCUCAACCACCAGGAUAUACACAAUUUGGUAGCCAGCCUCAAUAUCCGUAUAGUCAGUAUCCUCAAACAGUUAUGAAUGCGGUGCCGUACAAUCCCCACACGGGCAUCUAUCAAGCUCAACAAUUCGGCCAACAAUCGCCCAAUCCACAGAGAUUCACUCAGGAGCUGAGCCAAUAUCAAACGCAGCCGAUAAUUCAACCGAUAGCUCAAAAUGUCGCUCACGGAAUAGCAAUCGCUACGACUGAAAGGCCAAGUCGUGGCCCAAAACCGAUGGUACCGCCACGUGGAAAUUCAAAGAUCACGCACGAUACGGGACACAGAAAAUCAGCUAGCGUCGACGUACCGGCAUUGCAAAAAGUUAAAUACGAAUCGCAGAAUCCCCCUCAAGAUCAGAUUCAUCGUAGCGACGGUGCCAUAAUCGUACAAGGGUCGCAAAUCGCUUCGGGUGAGACGCAAGAAAGGAGAUAUCUAACCACGAUAAACCAGAAUCCUAGAACAAGACAGGACGGUCUCUACGUGGACGCGAAUGGUGAUCAAACGGCACGGGAGAAGGUCGUGGAUAAUAUCGGAACAGAGUGUGGUUUGUACGUUUCUAAAUCGGAACACAGAAAGUCUAUAUCCGUUGACGUUACGACGAGUUUUCAAAGACGCAACGAUACCAUCACUUUUACGUUUCCCGGCGAUGGAAAUCAAGAUAUGAGCGUACCAUCCAGAAAGCCAACGGUUAUAGAGCCAAAACGGGUCGAGGGAACACAGGUAUUUCCACCUGAUCAAAGAAGAUUGGACGCGAGCUUGAGAGUUUCACCUAUGGCGUUUGAUUCGAGACAAGAAAAUCGGAAAAGCGUGGCCACCGAUAGAAAGGCAGAUUGGGGCAACGUGAGUCCGAAUCAAAGAGUUGUCGUACCGCAAGAAAGCAGACGAUCGGAUUAUUUCGAAGAACAUAGACGGUCACCGAUGAAUUUGGAAGGUAAAAGAGUGGAAGACGUCAGGAGAUCGCCCAUGCCUUUCGUUCCGAUUCGAGAUACGUCUGCCGAUCGGGCGAAUCAGAAAAGUCCUUCGUUUGUCAAUCAAAACUUCGAGAAGACCAGACAAGAACUUGCAAUGUGGGCGGAACAAAGGCAGCGUCAAGAAUUAGAGAGGAGCAUGAUGCAGAAUCAAAUAUUUUCUACUAGCCCGCGAUCUCGUAAUCAAUCCGAGGAAAGAAGAGAAUCUCGAUCUUUACAUCCAUCCGAAGAACGCAAAGAAACGAGAAUGUCGCAGUCGGCUUUUCAACCGUUGCCGAACAUCAGUCAAAGUACCAUUAUGGAACAACGUCGUCAUUUGCGACACGUAAGUGCCGACCUAACGAAACACAUGGAAUUGUCUCGAAAAGAUUUCGACGAUCAACCGAUCAGUGGUUCUGUAGCUAAUCUUGGACCAGGCACGGCGAGUACCGUGUCGUCGCAAAGAGCCAGCCCAAAUCUUUGUCAUCAGUAUCCAGCUUUGAGCGAAGCCAAAUUAGACACUAAGGCCGUGCUAACAGUAGUCACCGAUUUCGGAGAGUCUAAUUCAACUAAACAAAGCGAUCAAGUCGAUCAUAUAAUACACAGUCACAGAAAGAGUCACAAUAUCUCUUCGAGUUUGUUAACUCACAGCAAAAGUCAAACGGAAUGUUUACAGAGCCAACUUGAUUCCCAAUGCGAAAAAUCUGAUUCCCUUCAGGCCCAACAACAACAGUUACACAAUCAGCAGAGUCUCGAUUUGAUCUCGGAGAAACUAAGCCAGUUCGAACGUCAACAAAGCGACCUUCAAGCUAAACUGCAAUGUCUUCAGAAUCAAAAUCAGAUCUUAGAUAAGGUGGCUCAAUUUCAACAUCAACAGAGCGACUUACAAGCACGACUACAAACUUUGCAAACGCAGAAUCAGAUCGGCGAUAAGAUUCAGCGACAACCUACGGAAAUUCAACAGCACACCGUUGGAAAUGACGUACACCAAAUACAAAUGAGUCCUUUAUGUAACCAUCAAGAUCAUUUGGAGAAGACACCCUCUUUGUCUCAGAAUCAACAUCAGGCGGUACACAGUCACCAUCACAGUUUACUGACCACCACCUAUCCGCAAAGCUCGAGCCUUCAAGCUUGCCCGUCGUCCGUUUGUGAGAAACUAUCUCCACGUAUCCAACACGACGUCAAUGAUCCGAAUUCCAUUCAGAUACCUAACAUGUCGCAGAUGCCACUUCCUUGUCUCCCACAGUUCGAUCGUGCUGAUACGUCGCGCGGUUCGUUCUCGCAGUUUCAUCGACAUCAGUGUCAAAUCGACAGUCACGAUAAUACAUCGGCGACAUCGGCUGGGGGAGUUGUCGGUACCGUUGGAGUUAGUGGAAGCGUCGUUGGUGGUACCACUACAACGAGCACCUUUACCGGGACCCUCAAGAAAGUUCCUCCAGAGAAGCCACCCAGACAGUCCUUGACCGUGCAGUCUCCGGAAGCAGAGAGUAACAGGAGCCAACCAGCGAUCGGACUGAAGCAGACACCGAAAGCACGGCCGACGAUUUUCGGAACAGUCGCCUCGGACCUGAAUCCGAAGGAUGGCAACAGUCGAAGGAGCUUACCGCAAACUCCAGCCGGUGGUGUCGGUGGAAAAGGUGGAGGAGGUAGUGGCGUUCCUGGUUCUGGCAUGGUCAAUGGUGCUGGUGCUGAUCAUCAGGAUAUUCGCGACGGUGCAGCUAUAAAUACCGAACACGCUCUAGUGUACCGAGACGGAAACUUAGUUUCUGGAUCCUUGGAAGCGUUAGUGCAGCACAUGGUACCAACCGAGGAAUAUUAUCCCGAUCGUGCUUACCUCUUUGCCUUUUUACUAAGUGCAAGGCUCUUCAUCAAACCGCACGAGCUAUUGGGCGAGGUUUGCGCCCUUUGCGAGCAUCAGCAAAAUCUGAAUGGAGAAGGCGGCAAGGAACGACUACACCGUUUCGUACCCCGACUGGUGCAGCUGUUGGCAGAAUGGACGGAGACUUUCCCGUACGAUUUUCGGGACGAAAGGGUGAUGGGUCACGUCAGAUCCAUCACGCAGAAGGUCGCUGCGGUCGACGCGGCCGCGCGACAGGAAGUUUCGGCCUUGCUUCAGAACUUACUUCUCAGGCUCACAGCCCUCGAGAGGUACGAGGAGGGCCUAGCGAGAUUGGCUACCGAGGCGGCGACUGAACAGCUCACGCAGGUGGACAUUACCGAGCUUUGCCCCUCUGCUACGGUACUGGCACAACAAUUGACCCACGUGGAACUCGAGAGGCUCUCUUACAUCGGCCCCGAGGAAUUUGUCCAAGCAUUCGCUAAGGAAUCUCCUCACUUGGAAACAUCUUUCAAGGACAUGAAAAAGACUCGAAAUCUCGAGUCUUAUGUCCAGUGGUUCAAUCGAUUGAGUUAUUUCGUAGCGACCGAAGUAUGCAAGCACGCAAAGAAGAAACAACGCGUGCGCGUCGUAGAAUAUUGGAUAGAGACAGCUCGAGAAUGCUUUAAUAUCGGCAACUUCAACUCUCUGAUGGCGAUCAUUGCCGGUCUGAAUAUGUCUCCAAUAUCGCGGCUGAAAAAAACGUGGUCAAAAGUACAAUCGGCCAAGUUCUCAAUCUUGGAACAUCAAAUGGAUCCUAGUAGCAAUUUCAGCAGCUAUCGUAGCACCCUAAAGGCAGCAAUGUGGCGUAGCGCCGGCGCUACGGACGAACGUCAACGAAUCGUCGUUCCCUUCUUUAGUCUGCUAGUCAAGGAUCUAUACUUUCUCAACGAGGGCUGCAGCAACAAACUACCAAACGGGCACAUCAAUUUUGAGAAAUUUUGGCAGCUAGCAAAACAGGUAACGGAAUUCAUCGCUUGGAAACAAGUAGCCUGUCCGUUUGAAAAGAAUCCACGAGUUAUAGCCUUUUUACAAGCGAGUCCUGUAUUAACCGAAAAUGCACUCGCUCUAGCAUCGUUCGAGUGUGAACCACCCGAUAACAAUCCUGAGAAGGAACGUUACAAAGCUUUAAAGUCUGAAAUGAACACUCAGUGAAAACAAGAUUCGCUGCAACAUGUCGAACAGGAACGCUACUGAUAAAGAAUAGUAUAAAUAUAUAUGUAUAUAUAUGUAUAUAUAUAUAUGUACUAUUAUAUAUAUUAUAUAUAUAUACAUAUACAAAUUCAUUUAUAAAUAUUAAUAUAUUCGUAACGAUAUCCAGUUAAUCUCCUGCGAAAGGAGACUGUGUUCUCGGUAUAAGGAGUAAAAAGGAGAAAAGAAGGAAGAAGGAAAGAAAGCGGAAAGGCAGAAAAGAGAAAAGAGAAAAAUGAGAAGAUAAACGACGGAUUUAAAGUAUUAAACGGAAUAAGCUACAUCAGAUGUAGACUCGUCGUUCCGUGAUUGCGCUCGCGAUUAAAAAUUGCGCUAUAGUGAGAUCUCGCGUUGUUAAAAAUCGAUUAAGCAUCUGCUUGACCCGUAUAGUCAUCGGCAAUGUUAAAAUGAAGCUUGCCCGACCUCGAUGCGAUACGAAUGAAAAUGUAAUCCUUCGGGUAAUAUUUCUGACGGCCGUGGUAGGCCAUCGACAAGAGCAUACGUAUGAACGUAUCGAGCAGUUCGCGAUUAAAAAGCAAGGAAAAAUAAGGUAUGGCUCGAUGAGCGAGCGAUGUAGGCCAACGUUGGUCGGCAAAAUCGAUUCGCAAAAUGAUUUUUGACGAUUGCAGAUGACGAUGCGGCUCGCGAGAUCGAAUCAGCAGGCUGUUCUUUAAAAUCGGAUUUCGAGACUGGUCUGGUCUUUAAUUUAAAGAGAGAGAGAAGAAGAAGAGAGGGAGAGAAAAGAUAACAGAAAAAAAUGAAAAAAAGAAAAAAAAACAGAGAAAAAAGAAGAAAAGAGAUUUCCCUUCUGUUCUUGAACGAAGGACGAUCGGCUUCGAGCGAAACGAAUCGAUACUCGGAUAAGUAUUUAUGUAAUGUAUAUGUACGAACGGAAUAUUCGCUCGGACAAUAUCGCGCGUGAACAGUAAGUAUAGUUCCUAAGUCCGAGGCACGUACCGGCUGUAUCUCGAAAGUUCUUCGAAUAUCCUUUCCGUUUUUCAAUCGUUAUAGGAAAGAGAAUGAUGAAAGAUCGAUGUAUCGUAAUGAGAAGUAUAAUCGGAGCAUUCUCGAGAGACGAUCCGUGACAUAGCCGAUCCUUUUGUAUAUAGCCCUUUUGAUAUAACGCUAAACGGACUCCUAAGUGUCAGAAGUAGGUUCGUUCCUGUAGUCUCUAAGUUCGAAUAUAGUAUCAUAGAUAUCCGAUAAGAAAAAAGCCACUAUGAUCAUCGUGCCCGUACUUAAAGUUAUAUAAGAGAAGAGAAGAAAAUGGGGGAAAAGAAAAAAGAAAAAAAAAGAGAGACGAUGCGAAGGUCGAAAGAACUCGUACGUGGUAGGAUUAAUGUAUUUGCCUAUCGUGCAAAUUACUAUUGGCAUGAUCGACGUUCAAUAAACGAAUCGUUUGAUAUCGUUCUUCGACGCGUUUAGCAUCCUGCAAAAUUUAUUUAAAAGUACAUUUUUAUGUGUAACGUAUCGAUCGGAAAAGGUGAAAAAGGGUUUUUAAUGAUAGGAAGGUUCGAUGAAACGUUCGAUCAAGUCGACGAUAUCGACUUUUACGAUCUCGAAAUGGAAAAAGAAAGACAGAUCACGAUUCUGCUAAUAUCCAGCUUUGUUUUCCUUCUUUGCCUGCAUGAACUCGAGAGCACGAAAGAAAAACCUUCUUAAAAUAUUUAGGGACCAAGAGUUCGCUUCUCCUGGGUACAUAGCGCAAUCUGAGUAAAAAGAAAAGAAAAGAAAAAGAAAAAGAAAAAGAUAAGAAAAAAGUAAACAAAGAAAAAGAGAACAAAUAUUGUGAAAACGAUGGAAGGAAAGUAAAGGAAAAAAAAUAUUCAAACGAAGUCACGACGAUAGCAACUUUUUAACUGCCAACACGAAAUUGUCGAAUUAAGAACAAAUAUUAAAAGGAUGAAGAUCUCGAAAAGCUCAUUACGAUUAAUAGACGAGCAUGAAUCGAGAGUUUACACAAAGAUCGCGUAACAAAGAAAGUAUAAAUUAAUCGAUCGAAUCGCCAAAAUCCGUGAGUCAUCGAACGCUAUGGACACUUGCCAUUUUUAAAUUACUCGAUAAAUUAUUAUACAUUUUAUUUUAUUUUCGUCCAACGUAUAUAAGUAUUUACUACGAUUCACGAGUUGUUUCCAUUACGUUCCUAACAAAAUAUUAAUAAAAAAAUAUGAUCUUCAUCCUACAAAAUAGAAACGCAUGAAAGUACAUUACUACGAGAUAUAGCGAUCUUUGUAAUAAAAAGUAAUUAAAAAGAAAAAAAAAAGAAGAAGAAGAAAGAGGUAAAAGAAGAAGAAGAAGAAGAGGAAAUAAAUGACCGUACAUCGAGAAAAGCGAAAUUCUUGAGAAAAAAUUUAUAAAGAUACAUCGUUAUAGUAUGAUAUCGUAUAAAAUAAUGGAAACGAUAAAUAUAUUAUGGCAUUCGUCAUAACAUAAAUGACAGUAAAUAUACGUUUAUAUACGUACGAGUUCUGUACGAUAAGCAGUAACGAUAACGAAUUUUUCGAGGUAGAUAUCGUUUUUCGUUAUUCGUCUCGUUGGAUAUCAUCAAUUUUAUCAUCGUCGUCUCGAAAAUAAUGCACUUUAACACGAAUUGUGGAACGUAGAUCUAACAAGAAAAAAACAAACGAACAAACUGUUUUCUUUACUUCUUGAUAAACUUUCGUACGAUCUUUCAAAGAAUCUCUACAUCCUAUCCGGCAAAACAAAGUGUCCGAAUGCUCGAUGAUGACUCAAGGAGUUUUUUUCUCAUGUAGAUAGGAUAUAACAAUCAUCGACAAUUAUACACAUGCACAUUUAUCGUAAGUACAUAAAUAUACAAGUACCACCGUACCAUUUAAGCCGCUUAAUCGUCGCAUUGUCAAUAUUCAUAUCUUUUCACCAUGAUCAUUUGAUCAUCCUCGCUCAAUCCGUGUUCAAAAAUCCAUCCCGCCGUUCUAAUAUCAAAUAACGAUGAUUUAAAAAAAAAAAAAUCGAUGAGUUUCCAUCCGUCUUAACUAAUUUCUUACGAGCAGCACCGAUCACUUCAAUUUUUUAUAUAGCGUACUACACAUUUUUCUACAAAUCCGAUAUAACGCGACGAUAAUCGCGAUUAACUUUCGAUCGGCUAGAUUCUAAUGACGAUAAUUACGACGAUAAAAAUUAUGGAAGCGAGUCGAUCGAUUCGCGAUUGAUAUACGAAAAAGCAUCACCCAAAAUUCAUUUCCGAAAGUGCUGCUCCGUUGUCCCUUUCUAUUGAGGUACACUACGAAGAUUAUGGUUACACAAUCUGUAAAUAGAAGGAAUGGCGUGUAUAUAUACAUACAAUUAUAUAAUAUAUGCGUAUCUAUUAUGCGUUAAUUUAGAUUUUAAGUAUUAGACCGUAAUCGAAUUUAAUGAAAUCGACCAGGGCUGCCGAUGAUAAUAUUCUUUUGUGAAAUUUUUCUUCCUCGAUCGUCUUUCUUCUUUCUUUUUUCGAUCAUCGUGACAAUUAUCUGUUCGGCUUUUGUUCUCUUCAUCAAUCAUGGACAGAAAUAUAUAUAUUUCAAUUUUCUUGAUAAUUGUGCAGAACGAUUAAUUUUUUUUUAUCUUUCCAAUCCGACAGCCCUGAGGUCGACGAAAGAGAAGAAGGCAGAGAAAAAAUACGACUAGAAAUGUUGAAAUAUGUCGAGAAACGUCGUGACGACAAAUAUUCGACGACGAGAAUCGCCGAUCGAUCGAUCUGAGAUCACCUAACGCUAUAUUAUAGCAGAAAACUAGAUUCAUCCUCGAAAUCAAUUUAUAGAGAAAAAUCUUGCUUAUCGUCUAGUCACUAGAUAGUUAGUCGAGCCCGAGCUUUCUUCGCCGCGAAAGGAGCGACCAACUUUAUUUACUUUUCUUUUUUUUAUAUAAUAAGUACCUUUGUCUACUACAUAUAUAUAUAUAUAUAUAUAUAUAUAUACAUACGUGUGUGUGUAGUCACGCUUUUAUAUCAUUACAUCUUGCGAUGUGUUUUAUACAAAUUUAUAUACAUAUUAUACGUCUUCGUAUUGAUUUCCAACGACGUUUCACAGAAUUUUUCUUUCAAUGGUAUCUCAUUGAAUUUCGUAAAUUGUAUCACGUUUCAAACGUCAUUUCAUUUAUCUAUUAAGUAAGCACAUGAAUAUUUAAAUCCUUCAAGAGAUGCUCCUUUGGCGAGCUUAAUCGAGUCGGGAACGUUAUGCCUAAAUUAAGCGUAUUCGAGAGUGAGAGUUAACGUUAAUUUCCGCGCUAAACAUAUUUUCAAUGAACAUUCCCUUUAUGUAAGAAACUUUAUAGACGCAGAACGCGACGCUCGAGAGUAUAAUGCGUCAAUACUUCGCCAAGUUUGCUUGUAAAUGACUUUAACUUUUCAUUCCUUUCUUCUAUUUUUUGUUUUCUUUUCUUUUUUUCUUUGUUUUCUAUAUUUUCGCGCGAUAAUCUCUUUGCAUAUAUGAUUAACGUGAUCGUAAAUAGGCCAAGAGAAAUAAAGAAUGAGUGUGUGCGCGUGUAUAUGUAUGUAAAAGAGAGAGAGAGAAAGAGGGAGAGCGAGAGGCAGAGAGAGAGAGAGAGAGAGAGAGAGAAAAGAAAGAGAAAAACUCGACCCCAUAAUUCACGUAAUUUUUCACACGAAUCUUCAUUGAAUCGUUUCAGCGCAUACAAAAUUUCUAUCGUGAUUGAAUCAUUCGUUGAAAUUAUUAUUCUUGGUCGCAAAAAAUGAUCGAGAUAAUCGAUAAUGUAACGCGUUGAAAAAUUGUUUUUUGUAUUAUCGUGAAAACCAAACGUAUUAAAAUGUUAAAUAACAAUAUUAUCCCACCACAGAACGCAUUUUUUCCAGAAUAUUGAGAUCCAAUGAUUUCAUCGAUUCAAGCGAGCCAUCCAAAUGGAUCGAGAAUCGAUGAUCUAUUUUGCGUUAUCGCAACAAAGUAGUCUAAAUACUUGGUACAUCGUUUCAUUCGUAAUCAGUUUCGUUUCACUGUACAAAUGCGAGUUCUCCCCUUUUUUACUUUCGACGAUGUCAAAAGAGAUGCGUUGGGACUAUUUGUACAUACAUAGGCUCAAUCAUGUAACAGCGAUGAAACAGCAAUUAAAAUUAUUGUAGAAACGAUGAUGUCUUACGAAAUAAAUUGCAAAUCGAUAAAGAA